AUGAACCUCCUAUCGUCAGCAUCACGAGAGAUUUUGCUGCUACUCGCAUGGUGCAUUAUUGGGACUUCAGUUGCGCAAAAUGACCCUGUCCGGGACUUCUGUCGGAGAUGGGGGCACCAGUCGGCGGUCGUGGACCGUAAGUUAUACAUUGACGGGGGCCUGAUCAACUACAAACCCUUCUCGUCAUCAUCUCGAAAUUUCAGCAAUACCGUCCUCGCAUACAAUGACCUCGACGACGUGCCUUCAACGCUCGGAAUGCCCCAGUUCCACGACGGCCUUUCGAAGAACACGACGAUACCGAGCGUAAGCGGCGGCAUUCUAUGGGAAGACUCGGUGAACAAGCGGCUGUUCCUUUACGGGGGUGAAUACUUCGAGGAUCCACCGGCCGCCUUCGUUCUCUACAGCUACGAUAUCCUCUAUAACAAUUGGGCGCCACUUGGGUCUCCCACUGGCGCUGGAAAUGCCAAUGCAGGUAGUUAUGGUGCCGGAGUCUCGAUCUCAUCGAGGGGAGAGGCAUAUUACUACGGCGGAUGGCAGAGCAACGCUUCUGUGCCAGGAUGGACAGGUCCGCCGAAGGCCCUGAGCAGACUUAUCAAAUACGACAUGGACAAGAACUCCUGGAAUAGCGUCGCGGGCCCCGACAACGUCGGCAGGGCAGAAGGCGUGAUGGUCUUCAUCCCAAUUGGAGAUGCUGGAAUGCUGGUCUACUUCGGUGGCAGUCAAGACCUGGACGGCAAUGGGACCCUGACACCACAACCCAUGGAUGAGAUCUUUCUGUACGACGUCGCGAAUACGAAGUGGUACACACAGAAAACUUCCGGUCGUACUCCCGAAAUACGGAGGCGUUUCUGUGGCGGUGCGACCUGGGCCCAAGACCAGUCCAGCUACAACAUUUACAUCUUCGGCGGCGCAGGUUUCCCUCCGGACACUACGGGAUACGACGAUAUCUACAUCCUCACCAUCCCCAGCUUUCAGUGGAUCCGAGGUCCGUACCCGGCCAACAGCAACGUCACGGGGGAAUUCCCCAAAAGCAUGAUGAGCUGCAACGUGGUCGACAACUCACAGAUGCUUGUCAUUGGCGGUUCCUAUUCCAACGAUACGACGUACUCAUGCGAUGCUGACAAUGUAUGGGGCACACACAACAUGAACCUAGGUCAAGAUAAUGACGAGAAUGCUAUCUGGUUACGUUACCUGCCCAGUCUGACCACCUAUGCCGUGCCUACCGACAUUCUGACGGCCGUGGGUGGCCGUGAUGGCGGCGGCGCGACACGAACGGCGCCGACAAGCGGCUUCGACGCCCCAGACCUCUCCGUCCUCAUGACACGCAAGGCGACGCCGGCAACUAGAACGCCAACGCGCCCCAUCAGCCUCGCUACCUCGUCUUCGUCAAACUCUAGUAUCCCAUCCUCUGGGCUGAGCAAAGGGGCCAUAGCAGGCAUUGCUGUUGGUUGCGGCGUGGCUCUCCUACUAGUGUUGACUGGUUGUUUUUGUUUCAUCCGUCGCCGGCGGGCGUAUUCCAGGGAAAGACACGCCUCAGCACUGGCUCCAGGGGCAGGGAUGUCAAUGGCAUAUCACCAUGGUCAAGCCCAUCAGGGGCCGAUGUACGGCGGCUGGGGCAGUACGCAGGUGUCCUCGCCGACGGUGACAGCUACCUCGCCUGCGAUUCCGCCUGCUGAGCUUGGGAAUGGAGCUGAGCUGCAGUACCCCAAUCACAGCAUUAGUCCUACGAGCGGCAAACACGACGUUGCCUACGGAGGACCAUCGCCCGCGAUGCCCAAUGAGAGGGCAUCUUAG